CCGCGUCUCCAUCCCUCCAGCGGGGUUGUCUCCGCUGCCCGCCUCGGUUUCUGUAGGAGGAGGCUCGGCUCACCUCGUCCGGGGCCAGAGUGCAGGCUGUUCUUCCGCACAUUUCAACGGGCCGAACCUGGGAAAACAGUCCACGUCUAACCAAAUGAAAAGUUUCUGCAGAGGACUGAGAGCUGAUGUCAGUAUGGAGGCUGCAAAGUGUGCUUUAUGUCCAGAUCUCAAAGUUUUGCACAGUUUUGUCUGCACAGAGAGACUGAAGGCAGCCAAGGCCUUGGUGGAUGAGGCUGUCAAAAUGCAUAAGAUAUUCUCUGUCCAGGGCUCUUAUCCAGUCAUCAGGGCGGCACUGAGGGCUCGAGGUUGGGUUGAGCAGUGUAAGAACUGCUCCAAGAAACAAAACUGCCAGUGCUGUCACAAGAGCAGAGCCAGGUUAAAUGAUGCUGGUAACAGUUAUGAUGAUGGCUCAGAAGAUGGUGAAAAAGAACAGGAUCUUGAUAGACUACAUGAUAUCAUGUCUUGCCUGGUGAAGAAGGAAAUGGUUUAUUUCUACUGGACAAACUGCAGAGGUGCCGUCAACGCUAACAGCUUGCACAAAGAACAGAUGACCAAUCAUUUUGCAAACACGAGCAGCUUCACCACCAAGGUUGGGUUGUGCAUGAGCCUGAGGAACCUGCACUGGUUUGACUCAACAGAUCCAGACAGCUUCUUCCCCCGCUGUUACGUACUAGGAGCACAUGAGAAGCAAGAUUUCAUCGAUGACUUCAGGAGGACAGCAUGCACCAGUCUUCUGAAGUACAUUGUGGAGAGGCAUCAGGGUGUUUGGGGAGAGAGAAGAAGCCCCGACAUGAAGGAUGUUAAGGGUCAGAGGAAACCAAAAAAACAGCAAUCUAGACCACUGGUCCUUUCCCAAAUGAUCAAGAACGUGCUCAAAGUAUGCCAGCAGUUUGUGGACAGUCUGGAGCACAGGGACAUAGACAUAGACUCUGAGACACCACUUACCCAGGAGGAGUGGACAGAGUUUAUUGACAUUUACUACCUUGUCGUUCAUGAUGGAGCAGAGAUUGAGAUAAGUGAUGACUUCGUGACCUGCUGUAAGGCCAUGUUGCACAGGCUGCAGGAGGUCAGUCCACAGCUGGACAUAGACGGUAUACACAACAUCUGGAUCGUCAAACCUGCAGCCAAGUCCAGAGGCAGAGAUAUCAAAUGCAGCAAGCGUCUGGAUAAGAUCCUCAGGCUGGUGGACAGUCGGCCAGCCUAUUUCAAAAGCAAGUGGGUGGUACAGAAAUACUUGGAGCGUCCCUUGCUGGUCCAUGGCACCAAGUUUGAUGUGCGCCAGUGGUUUUUGGUCACCGACUGGAACCAUCUGACUGUGUGGUUCUAUAAAAAGUGCUACUUGCGCUUUUCCACACAGCCUUUCUCACUGGAUACACUGGACAGCUCUGUGCACUUGUGUAAUAACUCCAUCCAAAAACACCUGAGGCCCUCCCAACAACGCCAUCGAGACAUUCCAGCGUACAACAUGUGGUCGGAUAAGCAGUUCAGGACCUUUCUGUGCAGCCAGAGCCAGGAAGCUCAGUGGGAGACUGUGGCGGUCCAAGGGAUGAAGAGAACUGUGAUUCAGGCCGCACAGACUGCACAGGAUAAGAUGGACUCACGCAAAAACACAUUUGAGCUCUACGGUGCUGAUUUCAUGUUUGGCCAUGACCUGCAUCCAUGGUUAUUGGAAAUCAAUGCUAGUCCUGACAUGGCUCCAUCAACACCUGUGACAGCUCAUCUCUGUGCUGCUGUGCAGGAGGACACACUAAAGGUUGUCCUGGACUGGAGAGUCGACCACACCGCAAACACAGGAGACUUUGAGCUCAUAUAUAAGCAGGCAGCAGUGAAAGUCCCCCAGUAUUUAGGAUCCAACCUUCUUGUUAAGGGCUGUGCAAUUAAAAGCCCGUGUCCACUUCCUGCACUGAGGUCCUCCAACUGUUCAACACCAAAACACCAGAACCCGAUCAGAAAGAAUCCUGCAGCAGAAAAUGUGAAGCAUCUGCCUAAUGUGCCUCUAAAGAGUGCAGAGACUCCGCUCAAGAACAGCAGCAGUGAGGUUCUGCAACUUCCUCCUCCUCCUUUUCAUCCUGGAUCACUGAUGCCCACUGAACCCUUAACGGAUCACCAGCCACUGACUGUGAAUAAGUGCGUCCACCUACCUCUUAGUCACCGGUCUGUGGUUUUGUAUUCAAAGAGUGCAGAAGACAAGCAGCAGGAUCUUUCUACACCACUGGAGAUUACUGCCCCAGAACAGUCCAGGCAAGCAGCCACCAGCCCUAUUAAAAUAUUCCAAUGAAGACUUAUUGACAAAGAACUGACUCAGUCCUUCACGUUCUUUUUCCAGGGUUUUUUCCUGCCUCAUAAAAGUAAAUACAUAGUCAUUGCUGUUUGUUUUUUUUUUUAAUUCACCUUUCUAAAAUUCACAAUUCAUCUUGUCAACAAUUUACAUCGAAACAGUUCGGUAGAAAGUAGCUCCAUUACAUGUUCACAAUGAAGAGUGUGGAUUAUUCAGAGUAACAGGAAAAAACUGCUGUAUUUCCUAAAUGCCAAAAACAAGACAAAAACUGUGGCUUCUUAUUAAUAGGGGGCAACUGAUUCUUGUUAAUAUUUAAAUUACUGAGGUAAAUUUCCAGUUAUUCAGGUUAAUGACACUGUGGACACUAAACCUCAAUAUUUAAACUUGUAAGGUUUAAAUACUGUGACGCCAGUCUUAUUUCUUUAGCACUUUGACUCAGCAGCUGCUGCUUUAAAUGUGCUGCAUUAAUAAAUGUGACUUGUCUUGAUAUAAAAA